AUGGCCUUCAACAAGAUCGUUCUCCUCCUCGUCGCCGCUUUGGUCGCCCCUCUGGCAAUGAUCGAAGCAGCCGGUGCCCCCAUUGUCCCCGCCUGGUGCUUGUGCAGCAACAACUUGGACUGGACUCGGGGUCUUUGCUAUAACGUGGGCGGCAACUGGGACGGCGGCUCAUGCGGCGUGACAACCAGUGCAAAGUACAUGGGCUUUUACAGCCAGUGCAUAAAGGGUGGUGGCGACUUCCGCUGCUGGAACUGA